AUGGAAUUUAUAAAUUUAGGUGAAUCAGGACUCAAAGUUUCUAAGGUUAUUGUAGGAUGCAUGUCCUACGGUGAUAAAAAGUGGGCCGAUUGGGUACUCGAAGAUGAAGAGAAGAUAUUUAAAAUCUUGAAAAAAUGUUAUGAUAAUGGUUUAAGAACAUUCGAUACUGCUGACGUCUAUUCCAAUGGCAAAUCAGAAGAACUUCUUGGAAAAUUUAUCAAAAAGUAUAAUAUUCCCAGGGAACGGAUCGUGAUUUUGACCAAAUUGUAUUUCCCAGUGGAUGAAGCGACGCCUGGUUUCAAAUUGUCGAAUUAUAAGUCAUUCCCAGAAGGAGAUUAUAUAAAUCUGCAAGGAUUAUCUAGAAAGCACAUUUUUGAUGCGGCCAAUGCUUCCGUGAGAAGAUUAGGUACAUAUAUCGAUGUGUUGCAAAUUCACAGGUUAGAUAGAGAAACACCAAAAGCUGAAAUUAUGAAAGCUUUGAACGAUGUGGUUUUACAAGGACUUACCAGGUAUCUUGGUGCUUCAAGCAUGAAGGCGACAGAAUUUGCCCAAUUGCAAUUUAUCGCUGACAAAAAUGGUUGGUUCAAAUUCAUUAGUAUGCAAAAUUAUUACAAUUUGCUUUAUCGUGAGGAAGAAAGAGAAAUGAUUCCUUUCUGCAAUGAGUCUGAUUUUGGAAGGGUAGGUCUAAUUCCGUGGUCACCUAAUGCAAGAGGCCUUUUAGCCAGGCCUGUCAACGCUCAAUCUCAAUUUAACAGAAACACAUCUUCCGAUAAAACCUUGAAGUCUUUAGGAUUGGAUGAUUUGUCUGAUAAUGAUAAGGAAAUUAUAAAUAGGGUCGAGAAAGUCGCAAAAGAAAGGAAUGUUAGCAUGGCAGUCGUUUCUUCGGCUUGGGUAUUAAGCAAAGGGUGUGCUCCAAUUGUUGGCAUUAAUUCAGAAGAAAGAAUUGAUGACACUAUUGAAGCAAUAAAGCUAAAACUAAGUGAAAAAGAAAUCAAUUAUUUAGAAGAGCCAUAUAUUGCAAAACUGCCACUAGCAGCUUAA